AUGAAACCCAAGGCAAAGAGUUCCCUCCUGCUGACACUCGGUUUCGUCUUCCUCUUUCUGGGUGCAACUCUCGCUUCUAGUAAUCCUCUCUCUACUUCUCUACCCGCUCUCUCUCUCUCUGUCUUUCAUUCUCUCCCCCCUCAACUGGGCUCUGGUAUUCCGCAGGACGGCUUCCGUUGAGCACCCAUGCACUCGACCACGAGAGACACGAUCAAGAUGAAGAAACCCCAGAGAUCGCGGACCUGGUUCUUCCUCUCCCUCUCUCUAUUUAUCGAUCCAUCUACCAGUCUCCCUAUCUCUAUCCCCAUCUUUUAUUCCUCUAUCUAUCUCUAUAUUUAUCUACGUAAAUCUCUAUUUACCUAUCAAUCUAUCUAUCUAUCCAUCCAUCCAUCCAUCUAUGUAUUUAUCAACCUCUAUCUCAAUCCGUAGUCUGUAUACCCAGAUGUCUAUCCUCUCCGGAGUACUCAUCCAAACGCAACAGCUCUGAUCACCGGCGGCUGUUUCCUGUCGCAGAACGUCGCCGGAGAGGAGCCUCUGGCGGAGGAGACCUUCGAGAUGCACCGGCGGAUGGACCUCCAGAACCUCCAGGACUACGGGGGAUCAAACGCCAAUGACCACCACAACCCUGAACCCCCCGGCACCCCCUGA